AUGGAGGCCAUAACACCUCCCAAACACUUCCUUAGCUCAUGGGCCGACGACUCAUCUCUCAUCCGCAAACUGGAUUUAUGGACAUCACUGUGUCUCGGCAUCAUUCUGAUCAGCGUCUUCACGAUAAUACCCCACAUUCUCAAGCCUUCUCGCAAACUCCCCUCUGUCAAUCCGGGGCGAAUCUUUGAUUUGUUCAACCAAGAACGGAAGAAGGGAUUCUUGAUGAAUGCUCGUCGUAUCAUGGAAGACGCCCGAACUCGAUAUCCCGGCCAGCCUUACAGACUCAUGACGGAUGUUGGCGAGACCGUCGUCAUCCCGCCGGAUCUCGUUCACGAUAUUCGCAACGAACCGGGGUUGAGCUUCUUAAAGGCUUUUGCAGAUAACUUCCACCCUCAACUGAACGGAUUUGAAGGGUUUGCGGUCGGCAACAGACCUGACGGACUUUUCCAGCUCGUCAUCAAGAAGCGUAUCACCAAACUGCUCAACCAAAUCACGGAGCCUCUUGCGUCAGAAACUAGGUUCGCGGUUGAUUACAUCUUCGGAAAGCCAACCGAUUGGCAUGAGUACAACACCAAAGACACCAUCCUCGAUCUCAUCUGCCGCCUCUCCUCUAGAGUCUUUCUCGGCGACGAGGUAUGCCGCGACGAAGCCUGGCUCGCCAUAACAAAGUCUUACACCGUCAACGCCUUCCUCGGUGCUGAGACCCUGCGGCCAUACCCGUACUGGCUUCGCUAUGCUGCGAACUUGUUCCUACCUGAAUGCAAGACUCUCAGGCGGCAGGUUACCGAUUCACGAGAAAUCAUUGAGCCGGUACUUCAAAAACGCAGAGACCUACGCCAGCGGGCUCGGGAGAGGGGCGAGCCGGCGCCGAAAUUCAAUGAUGGCAUUGAUUGGUUUGAAGAAGAGAGUCAAGGGCGAGAGUAUGAUGUCGUUGGCGCGCAACUGGGCUUGUCGGUCGUUGCAAUCCACACAACUACAGAUCUACUCGUCGAGACUAUGCUGCGUAUUGCGGAGCACCCAGAACUUUUUGACGCCUUGAGGAAGGAGAUCGUUGAAGUUCUUACCGCUGAAGGUUGGAAGAAGACGGCCCUAUCCAACAUGAAACUCAUGGACAGCGUUCUGAAAGAGUCGCAACGUCUGAAGCCAGUUACAUCUGGUAAGCUUCCCCUCUCCUAUUCCCUUCCAUGA